UUCGUGAGGUCUCCAUUGAUCCACAAUUACAACCAGCGUCACAACACUUAAUUUCAUUACCUUCGUUCAUUCAUACUUCGCAAUGGCAAACUUUCUCUCAACUUCCAUGGAUUCCAACUUUAAAUCCCGAAUUCGUAUCCGACAAUUUCACAAUUCCACCACCUUAUGAUUCCACAAUUAAUGCAGAUCCUUCAACAAUGUUAAAUCCUAUACCAAUAUUUGAGACUAGUGGCAUAGAUUCAUUACAAGUUACUGGCGAACCAUACUCUUUGUUUUUCGCAACGUUUGGAUCAAAAUCUAUGAUCGUAGAUUCAAAAGGGAGACCAUUUUCUACUGUUGUAUUUCAAUGGACUUUUACUCCAUUAUAUGUGGAAUUUUUGAAGUCAAAUCAAGCCGAUGGUGAAUCUUUCGUUGUUGGAUUUG